AUGGCGUCACAACUGGCUUUUCAGCUGACAGUACCGAAGAUGAAGGUUGAAACCGACUAUAAACUCAAGGAGGCUCUGAUCAAAAUGGGCAUCGAUGACAUGUUUAGCGACGAGGCUGAUUUGAGCGGAAUCGUCAAAUCUCCCAAGUUGAAAGUUUCAGAUGCUGCGCACAAAGCAAUUAUCGAGGUGGACGAAGAAGGCACAACCGCAGCUGCUGCUAGCACGGUUAAAAUUGUCCCAAUGAUGUUAAUUAUGGAGGAACCAAAGAAGUUUGUGGCCGACCAUCCCUUCCUGUUCAUUCUAACCAAAGAUAUGAACCCGUUAUUUAUGGGACAAUUUGUAUAG